UAUAGAAUUGACAAAGGCUGGAAGAUUUGGCCAAAGAGUUUUAGCCAUAACGACAUACACACAGCCUUUUGUUACAGUUUUAAAGCUAAUCAAAUUUAACAAAGUUCAUUGUUGAAUAAUGCCUGUUUCCCUACAGUUCAAAAUUUUGCUUUCCUACCUAGCGAUCUUCACUUUGAUUCUACUUGGCAGAAAUCGCCUUCUGUGAUAGUUUUAGAUUCACCAAUUCAUUGAGUGGAAUUCAGAAGAAGAAACAAAAAAACUAAGAAAUUCCAGUGUUGAGUUAAUGGUUUUACAAAAGUAUCUUGCAAGUUUAUAUCCAAUGGAGUCCCUAGAAAAAAGUAGACUAACCUUAGACACUUCCGAUCUGGACAAACAAAAACGUGAUAAUCACUUUCUUACACAGAACAUACAAGAACUUAAAUGGGAGUCUGAACAAAAAGAUAGAAUAAUCGAUGAUCUUCAGACGAUAGUCUGUAAUUUAAAAUGUAGAUUGCGAACCAACAAUUUGAAUGAUGAUGUACAGUUAUGUGAAGAAGAAAUUAAACAAGACACAAAUUCCUGUCAGAAUAUUCAAAUUUUGUUUGAAAAGAUCAAACUAGCAGACAGCAUCAAGGCAUCAGUAGAAAACACAGAAUUUAUUGAAAGACUCAUCAAGGAAAAUGAAUAUUACAAAACCAUGGUCACAGAUUUAGAGAUUCGGUUACACUCCAAUACACCCACAAACAACUUUCACAAAAUAGAAUUAAUGAAUUUACAUCAUGAUGUCCAAGAAUUUGCACAGCAAUGUCAUCAAAUGGCUCAGAAAUUUAUGACUUACGAAAAAUUUAGCUUUCCUCCAAUGUCAAACGAUUUCAGUGUGAUAGAAGAAAAUAAAAGACUACGAAGCAAAAUAUCAGAAGUCCAGCAAGCAAACAAAAAAUGGCGGGUCUAUAAUAACCAGAGAGAAGCUUUUUAUCGGAAAUUAAUCUCUCAGUUGAAUGUCACGAAAAAAGAUUAUUCUGAUCAAUCGAGUAGAACAAUACAGAGUUAUGAUGACGUGAAAAAGAAUGAGGAAGAAUUGCUUGCACUAAAAACUCAGGUGAAAAUAUAUGCUGAAGAUUUCGAAAAUGAAAGAAAAGACCGUGAGAAAGCUCAGUCACGGAUCAGUGAUUUAGAAUCUGAAAUUUUAAAGUUAAAACAUAUACAGGAUCCCCCACAUGAACAAAUGCCCUUGAAAUCAUAUUACACACCAAAAAGUACCAAAUAUUUCGAGCAAAAGGAAGCUGUACCACGAGGAAUAUCAGAAAGUCACUAUGUGAAUCACGCUUACCAAAAAGACAGUCUUGAGCCUGUGAGGAAACGUGCUGAUAAAUUCGAGACAGACAGUUUAUCCAAUUCGAAACAAAACUUUAUUUGUCCAAGUUGUAACAUGGUGUUUGGCAGUGACAAACAGGCAGAACUUUUAGCACAUGUUGACAUUUGUUUUUGAAACAAAUGACAACAAUGUAUCUUUUAAUAUUUUUUUUUAUUUAUUUAAAUUGGAAAAGUUCAUUGCGUACAUGCAUGUGUGUGUGUGUAUAUAUAUGUGUGUCAGUGUGUAUAUAUGUGCGUGUUUAUGUGAUCAAGUUUGUAUUUUAUCCCACUUUCACCUGACUGUUUUACACUUGCAGUCAACCACGAAAGCAUGUCCAGUCUUGUCGACAAAAUGUGAUCUUUGGGAACAAAACACUUUCUCAGACAAUGUUGUUUCCAGUUCACUGCAUAAAUGCAUCUGGGCUGUUCAGUGGUUGAUAAAAUGAGAAAGAUAUGCCCUUGCUUGGAAACAGGUGAGGGUUGGUGACAGGAAGAGCAUCCGGCCAUAGAAAAUCUGCUUCCACAAAUUCCGUCUGACCCAUGCAAGCAUGGAAAAAUGGAUGUGAAAAUGAACCUGAUGUAAAUAUUUAUUGAAAUUAUGAAACAAUUAGUUUUUAAAAUAUUUGGAGAAAAAUAAAAUGUUACAAAAUUA